AUUGAAUGAUCCAAUGGAUAAUCAGAACCAAAUCCAUAUAUAAACCUCGAAAAUCCACUGAACUGCCUGUUAAAAAAAAAAACUGUCACAGAUUUAAUAAAUCAGAAGAAACCGCAGAGAAUCGGAGAAGAUGGCGUGUCGGAUGGUGUUGCGUUCCGUCUUCUUGAUGGAGCCGUGUCUAUCCUUCCGUCCCGAUCGAGAACUUCCCGUGAAGCAUUAUAGGACCGUUAGAGGUCGAGAUUUUCACUUGGCUGCGAGACGAGCUCAUCGCCUUAGUUGCUCUUACAAGGAGGGGCCGUCGACGUCGUACGGGGACGACCAUGAUCAAGGUCCUCCUCAAGAAGCCGUGCUCAAAGCCAUUUCAGAGGUGUCAAAGACAGAGGGAAGGGUUGGACAGACCACAAAUGUGGUUAUUGGAGGUACAGUAGCAGAUGAUUCUACAAAUGAAUGGCUUGCUUUAGACCAAAAGGUAAACUCGUAUCCAACUGUUAGAGGGUUCACAGCUAUUGGAACUGGAGGUGAAGAUUUUGUGCAAGCUAUGGUUGUUGCUGUUGAAUCUGUAAUCCAACAGCCAAUUCCUGAGGGGCGUGUGAGGCAAAAAGUAUCAUCAAGGGGAAAAUAUGUAUCUGUCAACAUCGGUCCUGUUCAAGUUGUCUCCAGUGAGCAGAGUGGUUGUAGACCAGAUGCUUCCAUGCUAACAACUGCAAUUUCGACCACCAACAGCAGCACUUUCUUGUUUUUUUUCGUAAUCAGGGAUCACUCAGCCCAACAUAUCCUUCGGACAGCUGAGUGGGCAGCGUAAACCUAGAGCCAUCAGAAUAGUCUAGACCAUGCUAGCGACAUGUAAGACUUGGCCAAAGCUGAUGCGGGUAGAGGCUUGGAAGUGGGACAAACCCUCAAAUCUAGGAUUCAACAAGGAAAUAUCUCAACUGGUUGGUUUGAAUUCUUGACUUCAUGCACCAUAGGCCCUAAGUCCGAAGAGAUAAUCAACAAAUCUAUCGUCAAGUGGUUGCCAAGUGCCAACAGCAACACAGGGCCUCAUGUUGCCUAUGUAUUCUCUUCACUUUAUUAAUAUUAUUAUUUGAUAAAUUCUUUUUUUAUUCGGAAAUGAAAGGAUUAGCUGAUGGAUGCACACACGCAAUUAUGCACAAAAGGAUAGUCAUCGUAAAUAAUCAAUAGAAAGUGACCUUGACUAACAGGAAAGGUCAGGAAUUCCACUUUGACCGAUUGAUUUUUAUUUUUUUUAGGGUUUUAAUUCAUUUCUUCUUACAAUAAAAUAUGUUAUGGGGGUUUUAUUGACAGCAACAUUUACAUUUCUUACAAUUUUUU